AUGAUCUCCAAUGAGAAGGAAGACGAGGCGAACCAGAACGAUGAGUCUCUUGCAACCACCUGCGCAACCGAAAAGGAGCCACAAACGUGGCCCUAUGCCAGAAUCUUCAAAUUCGGUGGUGUGUUCGAGCAUUCAAUGCAAGCCGUCGCCAUCUUUGCUGCCAUUUGCUCCGGUGCAGGUAUCGCUUUCCAAAAUCUCAUUUUCGGAAGGUUCAUCACCGCCGUUAUUGAUUUUUCAACCGAAAAGACAUCGCCUGCCCAACUCCGCGACGACGCCGCAACAUUUGCUCUCUAUUUUGUUUACCUCGGCAUCGGCCGAUUCUUUCUAUCUUACGCCUAUAACACGCUUCUGACCUACACCGCUUAUCGUAUAACUCGAAACAUUCGACAUUCAUACCUCAGAGCCGCCCUUAGCCAAGAAGUCGCUUUCUUCGAUUUCGGCACCGGUGGUUCUAUUGCAGCCCAGGCUUCUUCCAACGGCCGCUUGAUUCAAGGCGGCAUCAAUGAAAAGCUGGGGCUGCUAUUCCAAGGACUAUCUACCUUUGUAACAGCAUUUGCUAUUGCAUUUGUGUUCCAAUGGAAACUUACGCUUAUUUGCCUUUGCAUAGCACCUGCGACGCUUAUUGUUAACGGAGCUGCAGCUGGUAUUAUGGCAGGCCACGAAACCAACAUCUUGGAAAUUCAGUCCGAAGCUAACUCAUUUGCCGAAAACAUUCUGUCAUCCAUCCGCACAAUCCAUGCGUUUGAGAUGCGUAACAGGUUGGUCAGAAAAUACAACACGUAUUUGACUUAUGCCCACCACGUCGGUAACAAAAUUUCGCCUCAUUUUGGCACUCUGCUUUCAGCCGAGUAUUGCAUCGUUUACCUGGGCUACGGUCUAGCUUUCUGGCAGGGCAUACGGAUGUUUGCUAGGGGUGAGAUAGACCAGCCCGGAGAGAUCUUCACUGUCCUCCUCUCCGUUAUCAUCGCCGCAACCAGCCUCACCAUGCUUGCGCCAUAUUCUGUCGAUUUUACCCGGGCAUCCGUUGCUGCAGCGAAACUCUUCGAUCUCAUCGACCGCCAGUCCGACAUUGAUUCAUUCAAUUCUACCGGCAAAAUACCAUCUGAGAUAACAGGCGAAAUCACGUUUGACAAUGUCACUUUUGCCUAUCCAACUCGGCCUGGUGUUACAGUCCUUGAUAACUAUUCCGUCAAUUUUCCUGCUGGGAAAACUACUGCCCUAGUUGGCCAAUCUGGAUCCGGAAAAAGCACUAUCAUCGGUCUUCUCGAGCGCUGGUACAAUCCCCAAUCGGGCACGAUCAGGUUAGACGGCUAUGAAACCGAUCAGCUAAAUUUUAACUGGCUCCGAACCAAUAUCCGUUUAGUUCAACAAGAGCCAGUCCUAUUUCAAGGAACUGUCUUUGAAAAUAUUCGAUCUGGUCUAACUGGUACUGCCUGGGAAGAUGAAUUAGUGGAAAAUCAGAUGCACCGUGUCGAGGAAGCUGCUAAGCUAGCUUUCGCCCAUGAGUUCAUCUCCCAGCUCUCUGAUGGCUAUUAUACGCAAAUUGGUGAGCGUGGAGGGCUUCUCUCUGGUGGCCAGCGACAACGCAUUGCUAUUGCACGCAGUAUCAUUUCUCAACCUAAGGUUCUUCUUCUUGAUGAAGCUACAAGCGCCCUUGAUCCAGAAGCUGAAGGUAUUGUUCAAAAGGCACUUGAUAGGGCCUCCGAGGGCCGUACAACAAUCGUUGUUGCUCACAAGCUUGCUACUAUCCAGAAGGCGGACAACAUCGUCGUUAUGAUGAAGGGGCGCAUCGUUGAGCAAGGUACUCACCAAUCUUUGAUCAUGCAUGGCGGUACCUAUUCUCGACUCGUGCAGAUUCAGAACCUCACUGACUCUAACAAUGAGUCUGGAGGCGCGACGGACCAAUCUGAAUCCCUCGACCACGCUCCCAUAUCUAUCGAACCUAGCAGAACCUUAUCUCGGCAUGAAACCUUCCACCAAACUCAUGUCGAUAGUAGUAAGGAUUCGGAUUCAUUUGAUCAUCAUGAGCAACGGGGUGUCAUCUCUGUCAUGAUUCGUAUUGUUGGUCAAACGCCUGAGCUGAGAUUGGCAUUUAUUGUCAUCCUGAUGGCCUGCAUGGUGGCAGGCGCAACCUUUCCUGGUCUGGCCAUUCUGAUUGCCAACAUUGUCGAGGCCUUCUCUCUCACAGGGUCUGAGAUGGAGCGCCAAGGCAACUUUUAUGCUAAGAUGUUCAUUGUCUUCGCCUGCGGCUGUUUCGUUGCCUAUUUUGCUUUGGGAUACGCCACAAAUAUUGUUGCUCACACCUUGAGUCACAAGUUCCGCAAAUCCAUUCUUGAGAACAUCCUCCGGCAGGAUUUGCAGUUCUUUGAUCGGGAGGAGAACACCACCGGAGCGCUGAUCAGUCAGAUAGACUCAAACCCACAGGCUGUCCUUGAACUUAUGGGCUACAACGUCGGUCUUAUCCUUGUCGCCGUUUUCAACAUUGCUGCCUGCAGCGUCUUAGCUAUCGUGUAUAGCUGGAGACUCGGCUUGGUAGUUACCUGCAGUGGUCUCCCUCCUCUGGUUAUUGCUGGCUAUCUCAAAAUCCGUUUCGAUGCUAAGUUGGAUCGCGAGACGUCUAGGCUCUUGUCACUCAGCUCCUCUAUCGCAUCCGAAGCAAUCAUCUCUAUCCGUACUGUCUCGUCUCUUGCUAUCGAGAAGUCAGUGUUAUCUCGAUACUCUCACGAGCUCGAUUCGGCAUUGGCCAACUCCAAGCGACCUGUGUUCACCAUAAUGAUCUGUUUCGCCUUUACACAGUCUAUUGAAUACUGGUUUAUGGCUCUUGGCUUCUGGUACGGCUGCUACCUUCUAUCAUUUGACCAGAUCAGUAUGUACGCUUUUUUCGUCGCAUUUCUGGGCGUUUUCUUCUCUGGGCAGUCAGCUGCACAACUCUUUCAGUAUUCGACCAGCGUCACCAAAGGUAUCAAUGCAGCAAACUAUAUCUUUUGGCUCCAGGACCUUCAGUCAUCAGUGCGGGAAACGGAUGAGAAUCGUGGAAACGGUCCUGAAUCGGGCACUGAGGUCAAUGUCCGUGACGUACGGUUUUCUUAUCCCCUUCGACCCGAGAUACCUAUCCUUAGAGGCAUCAACUUUAAUAUAAAGAAGGGUCAGUUCGUCGCUUUUGUCGGAUCGUCUGGUUGUGGCAAAUCUACAAUGAUCGCUUUGCUUGAACGAUUCUACGAUCCCACAACCGGCUCAAUCGACAUUGACUCGUCCAGGUUGACUUCUCUGAAUCCUCGAUUGUAUCGUCGCAUUGUGGGACUCGUUCAACAGGAGCCAGCAUUGUUUCAAGGCUCUAUCCGUGAGAAUAUCGCGCUGGGGAUCGAUGAAGCAUCUGACGAUACCAUUUCCUCGGGUGCCGCAGGGACCGUCAGCGAUAAGGAGAUUGAGUUGGCACUGCGAGCUGCCAAUGGAUGGGACUUUGUGUCGUCUCUGCCUGAGGGUCUGUCUACUCCUGCUGGCUCUAGUGGUACGCAGUUGUCUGGUGGUCAGCGACAACGCAUUGCUAUUGCCCGCGCACUUAUUCGUAAUCCGAAGGUGUUGCUUCUUGACGAGGCGACAAGCGCGCUUGAUACAGAAAGCGAGAAAAUUGUUCAGGGCGCGUUAUCCAAGGCUGGUAAGGAUAGUGAGAGAAUCACGAUUGCUGUUGCUCACCGCCUUAUCACAAUCAAGGAUGCGGAUGUAAUUUGUGUCUUCUAUGCCGGGAAGAUCAAGGAAGUUGGAACGCAUCAAGAGCUAAUUGCGCAAGGCGGUAGGUAUCGCAACAUGUGUAAGGCGCAGGCUUUGGAUCAGUAA